AUGGAUAUAACAUCAGGUCCAAGCUCUUCUUUACAUAUGUCAUCAAAAUCUGAAUUUUUAAUCGGUGGAAAAUAUCGAUUAGUACGUAAAAUAGGUUCAGGAUCAUUUGGUGAUAUUUAUUUGGGUAUAAACAUAACAAAUGGUGAAGAAGUUGCUAUUAAACUUGAAUCAGUCAAAGCACGACAUCCACAAUUAUUAUAUGAAUCAAAAUUAUAUAAAAUUUUACAAGGUGGAAUUGGCAUUCCACAUAUACGAUAUUACGCACAAGAAAAAGAUUAUAAUGUUCUUGUUAUGGAUUUACUUGGACCAUCACUUGAGGAUCUCUUUAAUUUUUGCUCACGACGAUUUACCAUGAAAACUGUUCUCAUGCUUGCCGAUCAGAUGAUUGGUCGUAUUGAAUUUGUGCAUAAUAAAAAUUUUAUUCAUCGCGAUAUUAAACCGGAUAAUUUUCUAAUGGGCAUUGGUCGUCAUUGUAACAAGGUGUUUUUAAUUGACUUUGGUUUAGCUAAAAAAUAUCGUGACAACCGAACUCGUCAACACAUUCCCUAUCGAGAAGAUAAAAAUUUAACAGGCACAGCUCGUUAUGCUUCCAUAAAUGCUCAUCUUGGUAUCGAGCAAAGUCGUCGUGAUGAUAUGGAAUCUUUAGGUUAUGUUUUAAUGUAUUUUAAUCGUGGUUCAUUACCAUGGCAAGGUCUUAAAGCAGCAACAAAAAAGCAAAAAUAUGAAAAAAUAUCAGAAAAAAAAAUGUCGACACCUGUUGAAAUUCUUUGCAAAGGAUUUCCAGCUGAAUUUGCUAUGUAUUUAAAUUAUUGUCGUGGUCUUCGUUUUGAAGAAGCACCUGAUUAUAUGUAUUUACGUCAAUUAUUUCGUAUUCUAUUUCGUACAUUGAAUCAUCAAUAUGAUUAUACAUUUGAUUGGACUAUGUUAAAACAAAAAGCAGCUAAUGCAGCAUCAUCAUCAACAGCAGCAACAGCUACAGCUGGUCUUAAUAUGGCAACAACCGGUGGCACAGUAGCACCACAACAACCAUCAACAACACAAAUGGCUACUGUAAUGGCAACGAAUACAGGCAAUAAUGGAACAACGCCAGGUAAAGGAGGAAAAGAAGAUGAUGGUACUGAUCACGACGAGAACCCAGAACCAGCCACAUAUUCAUCAAAUGGACACGACUGA